AUGUCGGCGGCUUUGGAGGCAAAUUCACAGCACCAAGCUCAGACGAAGAAAUUCGGGAAGCAAGAACGAACAGUACCGCACCACUCGCAGAAGGCCAGCAAGUGGUACCCUGCAGAAGAUCAGAAGCAGCCGAAAAAGGCCCGAAAGUCGAUUCAUCCCGCAAGACCCCGUCCCUCCCUCCAACCUGGCACAGUUGUCAUCCUUCUUGCUGGCCGCUUUCGAGGCAAACGCGUCAUCCUCCUCAAACACCUUUCAGAAGGCACUCUGCUCAUCACAGGCCCAUUUAAAAUCAAUGGUGUGCCUCUAAGGAGAGUGAAUGCCAGAUAUGUUAUCGCAACCAACACCAAGGUAGACCUCAAGGGUGUGGACGACAAGACGUUAGAGAAGAUCUCAGAGCCCAACUACUUCACAAAAGAGAAGAAGUCAGAAAAGGCGAAGACAGAGGAGGCAUUCUUCAAACAAGGGGAGAAACCAGAAAAGAAGAAACCUACGAGUGCCCGGGCGGCAGACCAAAAGACGAUUGACAAACCUCUUUUAUCCAACAUCAAGAACGAAAAAUUCUUAGCCAGUUACCUCGCUAGCAGCUGGAGCCUGCAAAAGGGAGACAGACCGCAUGAGAUGAAGUUCUAG